AUGCCUAAACGUAUAUUUUCUCAAGUAGUUGAAGAAUCAAGUACGAAAUCAGCUAUUCCAAUUAGUAAAAGUCAGCCUGAUCUUGUGAAUGGAAUACCACUUUCUGGAGAAGACUACCUUUUACUUGUGAGACAGCAGGCUAAUAAAUAUGCAAAAACAACUGUUGCACCACCACCUAAAGAGAUAAAAAAGGUUCAGCUUCCAUCACAUUUCCAAUGGUUUAAUAGUAAUCAAAAUGAUACUAAACAAGAAGAACAAGCAUUGGAUGUUUGGAAAAGAGGAUUGGUUGGUCCAUUUAGGUCAUAUCAAAAAUAUAUGCAAUUACAUAAAAAGACGCCUAAUAGGAAGGAAAUCAAGUCAAAAGAAGAAGGAAAGUUAUUAUUUAAUUCGGAUUCAGAAGCAGACAUCAAUAUACCAUCUUCACUGUCUCAGCAUAGUAUUUUAAAGCUAUUGAGUUAUCAUGUAGAAUGGUUAGAUGAAGACAAGUUUGAACAACAGUGUCUUUUCAUAUUCAGUCUACUUGUCUAUUUGGACCCUGUGCUGACAUCUCAAAAUGUAUCGAUAUUAAGAGAUGUGUCAAGGAAGUGUAUUGAACUAAGAUCUAUAGUUGAAAAUAAGGCACCAUUGAAUAUUAUUAUAUCAAUUAUUGCAGAGAUAUUUGGUCAAGGCGAUCUGAAAUAA